UGUAAGAAAAGAUAAUUUCUUUUUUUUUAAAAGAAAAGGAUAAAAAAGAAAUAAAAAUAGAAAACAGGGGGACAAAACAAAAAUAAAAAAAUUUACGAAAUACAAAGCUAAUUAGAAAACCAGCCCUAGUUUCCUUCAGGUCAUCGUCCAAGACUAUCUCAAUCCAUAUCUCUUGCUCGCCGCUCAGAUGGCAACAAGGCCGGAUAUAGACGACGACGAUGAUUUCAGUCAAAUCUACAAGGAAUACACCGGUCCUCCAGGAUCUUCUACUGCUAAUAAUACGCAAGAUAGGUCAAAAGCAAAUAAACGGUCCCAUGCAGGUUCUGAUGAGGAAGACGAACCUCGGGACCCUAAUGCUGUGCCAACUGAUUUUACUAGCCGAGAAGCUAAGGUUUGGGAAGCUAAAUCAAAGGCUACAGAGCGGAAUUGGAAGAAAAGGAAAGAAGAAGAAAUGAUUUGCAAAAUUUGUGGUGAAUCAGGUCAUUUUACUCAGGGAUGCCCCUCCACUCUUGGAGCAAAUCGCAAGUCUCAAGAUUUCUUUGAAAGGGUUCCUGCAAGAGAAAAACAUGUAAAAGCCCUGUUCACUGAGAAAGUCAUACAGAGGAUUGAAAAGGAUAUUGGCUGCAAACUCAAAAUGGAGGAAAAAUUUCUGAUUGUUAGUGGCAAAGAUAGGUUAAUUUUGGCAAAAGGUGUUGAUGCUGUGCACAAGGUAAUCAAAGGGGAUGGUGACCACAAGGGCUCUUCUAGUUCUCACAGGAGCAGAUCUAGGUCGCCCGAGCGAAGUCCUGUUGGCUCGCGAUUGCGACGCUCUGAAUCCCAAAGGUCUUAUACAGGUCAACCACGUGAUACAUCACAGUAUCAGCAAAGAUUUGGGAGACAAGAUAAGAUUUUAGAAGAUCGUGUUCGUGAGGAUCUGCAGAAGUUUUCUAGGGGUUCUCCACAAGCUUAUGGUAAUGAUGGCGGUAGAAGUCGCUCAAGCCAUUCUAAAUCUCCUGCACAUCCUCCGUAUGCCAGCAACUCAUAUGGUUCGUAUGAUGGUCACAGCCACACUGUGGGUUAUAGAAAUGAUGGGUGGGAUACAGAAAGGCAGGGACCUGAUUUGCAAUCUGGCCGUCAAUUUGAAUAUGCGACCUUCCCUCAGACAUUAGAAGAAUUAGAGUUGGAGUUUAAUAGGGAGGCAAUGGAGCUUGGCAGAAUUCGUGACAAGGAUGAAGAUGAAGAAAAUAUUAAGCAUCGUGAGAUUGUCAGGGAGAUGAGAGAGAAUUACAUGAAGAAACUGGCUAUUCUGAGGGGCACACAUGCAAGACAGUGGGAGGAAUUUCUUCAACUUGAUGCUCAGAGGCGACAGCAACAAGCACGGCAACAAAUGCCUGCAUCAGGUUUCAGCGGUUAUAAGCAGCCUACAUAUUCUGAUUAUGAUAGCUCAUCAGCUAAUCCUCACUACAGUGGGGCUGGUUUGCCAAUGGAAUCAAGGACCAGGUACUCAAAUCAUGUAGAAAAUUAUCCUUCGAGGCCACAUGACAAUUAUGGCGAGUUCCAGCGUCAGAGGCGUGAGGAUUUUGGCAAAGCUUAUAACCGAUAUUAAAUUGGUGCAUACAGUGCUGGAACUGAUAUUGGUGAGUUUUUUCACCCUUAAUCAAGCGAGAUUAAGACUUAGUUUUGUAUUUUCUUUUAGUUUAUUCCCUUCAAUAUUUGAUAAUCCUCUCUGAGUUUUCAUAUUUCCAUGAUAUUCUUUUUUGAAACUCAUGGCAAGUUAGGCCUCACAGAAGAGGUUUGUGUUGGGUGCCGUGGAUGGAAAGUAUCAUUCAAUAAUUUUUAGCAUUCUAUCAACAGCAUUAUAUAUGCACAAUGCGCUGGAGGCUGCAACUUUGUAAAUUUUACUAGGUUUUUGGUUGGGCAGAAAUGGUCGAUGUUUGGGUUCUUUUUGUGGUAUGUUGCUCCAAACUUUUUCAGGGUCAAGAUCAUUGUUGCUAUGAGUAAAUGCACGGGGGAGAGACCUAAACAUAGGCAAGUAUGUUGUUUGUGGGAUCGACCUUGAGAAUGGAAUGGAUGGACGUAUCUAUGUCAGAAGAAUUUGUUCCUUUUAAUUAGUGUUUCAUUUCUGUUCAGAACUUUGUUGUAAGGGUAGUAGUUUUGAUUUACUUAGGUAGGUGUGGCACACUUGUGAGUGUUCCAAACUCCUUAAUGGAUAUGAUAAUUGCAGCAAUGAAUUACUUUUUGGCCUUUCAAA